CAAGUAGAAGCACAAUGAAUGUUAGUAUAAAUAUGCAUACAAACAUGCAAAGAAUAUCACAGUUAUCAUCACAAAUUAACUAUUAAACAAGAAAAUAAGAGUGAGUGAAGAGAAAGAGAGAUCAAGCAUGUCUACUAAUCCAGAAUGGAUCAUGAUUGGAGGAGAAGGUCCUGAGAGUUACAACCAGCAUUCCUCAUAUCAGAGAGCGUUGUUGGAAGCCGCAAAAGAAAAGAUGAACGAGGUAAUCUCAGCCAAACUCAGCCUGGACUUGAUCUCUGAUCGCUUCAUUGUAGCGGACUUCGGCUGUGCGAGUGGACCUAACACUUUUGUGGCAGUCCAAAACAUAAUAGAUGCUGUCGAAGUCAAGUACCGCAAAGAAACCGGACAAAACCCCACCGAUAACAUCGAGUUCCAAGUCCUCUUCAACGAUUUUACCACCAACGAUUUCAACACUCUCUUCCAAGCUCUUCCUCCGGGGAGAAAAUACUAUAGCGCUGGGGUUCCAGGAUCCUUCUUCGAACGUGUUCUUCCUAAGCAUAGCUUCCACAUAGGAGUUAUCAAUUACGCAUUCCAUUUCACCUCCAGAAUCCCCAAAGGGAUCACGGACCGCGACUCUCCUUCGUGGAACCGUGACAUGCACUGCACUGGCUUCAACGAGGCGGUCAAGAAAGCAUAUUCUGAUCAGUACUCGGCUGACACCAAGAUUCUACUAGACGCUAGAGCUGAUGAGGUUGUCCCCGGAGGAUUGAUGUUGCUUUUCGGGUCGUGUCUAAGAGACGGAGUCAAGAUGUCCGAGACCUCUAAAGGAAUAGUGAUGGAUUUCAUUGGAGAUUCUUUGAAUGAUCUUGUUCAACAGGGUGUCAUCGAGCAAGAUAAGGUGGACUCUUUCAGUACUCCACUCUACAUUGCCGAAGAAAGUGAGUUAAGGCAAAUCAUAAAAGAGAACGGGAAGUUCACAAUCGAGGCUUUUGAGGAUAUCAUUCACCCAAAUGGGGAGUUUCCUUUAGAUCCCAAGAUCUUGGCCGUCUCCUUUAGGGCCUCCUUUGGAGCCUUCCUAUCCGCACAUUUUGGAGUUGAUGCAAUGAGGAAAGCCUUUGAGCUCGUCGAGGUCAAGGCACGAGAAGAUUUUCCUCGCAUCCAAAACGCCAAACCCGGUAUGCAGUACCUCAUCGUGCUGCGCAAGAACUGAUGAUGAUCCAAAAUAUAUGUAUCAUUAUGAUAUUUUAAUCUUAAUUCGUGCUUCCGUUUGUUGUUCUCUUUCAAGAACCUAUGGUGUUUUGUCUUCUAAUUUCCCAUGUUUUAGCGUGUUUGUAUUAUCCCCCAGUCCCACAAAUGAAUAAAUGUCUAUAUGUACGGUUUCAUGAUUUUUUACCAUAUAGACUUUCAAGCGCAGAUUCGAAUAUAUGGAAUGGCGAAAGUUAUUCCAUAUGUUAAUUUGAAUUUCA